AUGUUUGGUUUACUUUUGGGAGAUGCUUUAGGUGCUCAUGUCGAAUUCAGACCACAUGCUUAUUUACUCGCCAAUCCAGUUUCUGAUCUACAAAGUGGAGGAACAUGGGGUCUUGAGAAAGGACAGUUCACCGAUGAUGGAUCUAUGGCUCUUUGCUUAGCAAAUUCGUUAGUAGCUCGUUGUGACUUUGAACCUUAUGAUCAAUUGGUUCGAUAUAAAUGGUGGUUUAGACAUGGAUACAUGUCAUCGACGGGAAAUUGCUUUGAUAUUGGUGCAGCUACUAAAAAAGCAAUUCGUAAAUUUGAAAAUCAACAAACAGAGUUCGCUCGAAACAAUAAUAUUCCGUUUGACGAAAUCGAUUUUCUUUCAGAUAAGAAGCUUCUCAAAAAUUUUCCAGUCUACUGUGGCUCAGAUGAAGCAGCCGGUAACGGUGCACUUAUGCGUUUGGCACCAGUACCUCUGUUUUUCCAUCAAAAACCACAAGUAGCUGUUGAUUUUUCAGGAAUCAGUGGUGGGAUUACUCACGGAGAUAAAAGAGCAUAUGAUGCCUGCCGUUAUUAUGGAGCACUCAUUAUUGCUGUUCUGUUGAACAAAGUAGGAAAAGAUCAGCUGCUUAGUGAAGAAUUUUACUCGAACGAGCUGAAGAAAUUGUUCAAAGGCGAUCCUUUACAUCCAGAAAUUGAAAAAGUUGCAAGAGGAUCUUUUAAGAAGAGAAAAGGAUAUGAUGAUGGGAUACGAGGCAAAGGAUAUGUAGUCAAUUCUCUUGAAGCUGCUCUAUGGGCGUUUUGGAAAACUAAGACAUUUAAAGAAGGCGCAAUAGAAGCAGUAAAUUUAGGUGACGAUACCGAUACAACAGCGGCUAUUUAUGGCCAAUUAGCAGGUGCAUUCUACGGUUACACUAAAUUACCGCCAGAAUGGAUCAAUAUGGUUUAUGCUAAACUGUUCAUUGAAUGCUUAUGUGAAUGGAUUGCAUAUGAAGGUAGUCAAUGGAAUUCCAAGAAGUAA